UUUCUUCCUGUCUUCAUUCUUCGAUAAGAUCGAGCGCAGUUCGUGCUCGCUCGUCGGAAGUAUCGCUGGAAUUCCAAGCCUCCUCGUCGCUUAGAUCGUCCUCACAUUAACCGAGAGAAAAUGAGAGAAAUCCUUCACGUUCAGGGUGGACAAUGUGGAAACCAGAUUGGAUCCAAGUUCUGGGAAGUCGUCUGUGACGAACACGGAAUUGAUCCCACCGGAAGAUACACCGGAAACUCUGAUCUUCAACUUGAGCGUGUCAAUGUCUACUAUAAUGAGGCCUCAUGCGGCCGAUUUGUUCCGCGUGCUGUGCUCAUGGACCUUGAGCCUGGUACCAUGGACAGCGUUAGAACCGGUCCCUAUGGCCAGAUCUUCAGGCCUGAUAACUUCGUGUUUGGCCAAUCUGGUGCUGGUAACAACUGGGCCAAGGGUCACUACACUGAGGGAGCAGAGCUUAUUGAUUCGGUUCUUGACGUUGUUCGGAAGGAGGCGGAGAACUGUGACUGUCUUCAAGGUUUUCAAGUGUGCCACUCUCUUGGUGGAGGUACUGGUUCUGGAAUGGGGACUUUGUUGAUCUCAAAGAUCAGGGAAGAGUAUCCAGAUCGGAUGAUGCUUACGUUCUCUGUGUUCCCAUCACCGAAGGUUUCAGAUACAGUUGUUGAGCCCUACAAUGCCACUCUUUCUGUUCACCAGCUUGUUGAGAAUGCAGAUGAGUGCAUGGUGUUGGAUAAUGAGGCUUUAUAUGAUAUCUGCUUCAGGACUCUCAAGUUGACUACUCCUAGCUUUGGUGAUCUGAAUCACUUGAUUUCUGCAACCAUGAGUGGAGUUACCUGCUGCCUUAGGUUCCCUGGACAGCUGAACUCUGAUCUCAGGAAACUUGCAGUGAAUCUCAUCCCCUUCCCGCGCCUUCACUUCUUUAUGGUUGGAUUCGCUCCUCUUACCUCGCGCGGAUCUCAACAGUACCGUGCGCUGACAGUCCCAGAACUUACUCAGCAAAUGUGGGAUGCCAAGAACAUGAUGUGCGCUGCAGACCCACGCCACGGUCGCUACCUCACGGCAUCAGCCAUGUUCAGGGGCAAAAUGAGCACCAAGGAAGUUGAUGAGCAAAUGAUCAACGUGCAGAACAAGAAUUCCUCUUACUUCGUUGAGUGGAUUCCAAACAAUGUGAAGUCAAGCGUUUGUGACAUUCCUCCAAGGGGGCUUUCUAUGGCGUCGACCUUUAUCGGAAACUCCACCUCUAUUCAGGAGAUGUUCAGGCGUGUGAGCGAGCAGUUCACCGCGAUGUUCAGGAGGAAGGCUUUCUUGCACUGGUACACCGGCGAAGGCAUGGACGAAAUGGAGUUCACCGAGGCAGAAAGCAACAUGAAUGACCUUGUCUCAGAGUAUCAGCAGUAUCAGGACGCUACAGCCGAUGAGGAGCUCGAUUACGAAGAUGAGGAGGAAGCUACUGAGGAGAUGUAAGGAAAUGUAUUUAGAGAAUUUGGAGCCGUUUGCUUCUGCAUAAUGGAUUUGCUAUACCUAUAUUGUCUCCUACUUUCAUGUCUGACUCUUGAGUAUUCCGUUUCUGAUUUUGUUCAAAGGAGAGCUAAAAAAAUGCCUGUUUUUCUUGUAGUCAUCGUAGUUAAAUACUUGAAUACUAGUGGUGAGGGGUGGGGAAUAUUAUGUGCAUGUUCGAAUUCAUAGGCUUCUAGCCUUGUGUUUUUUUUUUUGCUUGCAUGGAUUCCUGUUGUGGAGUUGUUAAUAUUAAUAAAUACCUACUUUUCUUC